AAGACGAAUCUCCGGCACAGCGCGGGCGUAACUGAGUUCCGAUCACCGUCCGACCCGAUAGCUAAGGCUCUCCACCGCUCCUCCCUGCCGUGAUCGACGUAUCUGGGUAACCGCCAGGUGAUUCACUUGGGCUCAUCUUUGCUUCUUCUCGAGUUCCAUAUACGUCGGUUCAUCGUUCACACACUCUCGUGUCCCAAUGUCCCGAGCACGUAAUCUCAUUGUUGCCUCUGGCUUGUUGGCCUUUGCUGCUGGGGGUUUGGCAUUUCCCUUCUACAUGGCGACAUCAAGGGCGAGACCAGUCAUUGAUGCUUCGAAGCCCCUACCACCCCAGGCGACUUUUCGUGGACCUUACAUAAACACCGGAUCACGAGACAUCGGACCUGACCAUCAGACCUACCCAAAAAAAUAAUGUCUCCUGCUGUACUUGAUGUUCUUCACUUUUUCCCAUAAGCGGUGCAUUGAGUUCACCCGAAUGUAUCCACUUGGACUGGCUGACCAACUGCCUUGUAUAGUAAGAUCUGAAAGCUGUAUUACUUUUUAGGCUUAAUAAGAGUGGAUUCAUAUGGUCAUUGUUCUUUCUUUCGAACUUUAAUUUGUCUUUAGCAUGUUCAUUUAACAAAGUUCAGCUCUGAAGGUCU